AUGUUGUCACCGUCUUCUCACUGUCAUGACACUUAUAUUGAUGGUAAUGACACAUUUCGUUAUUCGGGUGAUGCUCAUGUCAAAGAGCGCUCCUAUUCACCUUCAUUACUAUAUCAGCACCGUUUACCUUACAGUUCAAGUGAUAAUGAUGAUGAAUCAAUCUACGAUAAUCGAAAGAAAUACAUAUGUAAGCCAACGACUAAUUUCAACUAUUAUCCGUCUUAUAAAUCCGAGAAGAACUAUCCAUCAUAUUCAAAUCAACGUUCGUUGGUAAAUCAGUUGGAAACACGCGUUCCAGAAUAUCAACUACGACAAAUAUCUACUGCCUACGAUUAUCCAUACAGACAUUGGAAUUAA